AAAAAACAUGCACAGAAACUACUCGCAUGCUAAACUGUUGUUGAUUCAAAUCAGAUUCGUAACUAAGGAAGUGUCUGUCAUUAUGACAUAUUAUCUUAAAUAUCUUAUCGACAGUCGAUUAUUAAAAUUCUGUUAUUAUCGACUGUUGUUUAUACAAUCUAAUUCAUAAAAUAUAUAAUCUUGAAUGUGUGGAAAACUUGACGCAGUUUCGCAGAGCCGAUCUCGACACAUGUGUCAUGUAACAAAAAGCGUAUCCCGGACGGAGGACAUUAUUACGCCGAGCCGACCGUCGCGUUUUGUUGUUCGCGCUGUGUUAUGACAGUUGUGCCCGGAACCAGGCACAACAGAGUCGCACUUCUACGGGAGAAGCGAGACGACGCGUGGUUAUGUCCGAGUAAAAAGACGCAGAGAGAGGGUAGAAAGUUCGGAAAGAGAAUGCAUCUCGCGUCGAUGGUGUUCCUUAUUGUUUGAGGUAUUUGUUAUUGAAGAUGCAAAGCGUUGUCCCUGACGGAGACAUCGGGGAGGAGGAUGGCUGGUCGGACCAGAAGAGGACCAUCAGGUUUCGCACUGACAAGUCGAAAAAUCAUGUGUCAUCCAACAAUAAACAACGGGUGGAAAAUGUGGAUCCGCCGCGCUACAGGUCGCAAUUAUCAGACGGACAAGAUACGAAGAAAAGACAAAAAGUGUCGUUGAUGCAAUUUUUAAAGACAGAAUUAACAAGGGAUUAUCAGUUGGAACAUGAUGAGGAGAAGUUCUCUGCCAGAAGGGAGAAGAUUUACUCGUUUAUAAAAAUUCCUAGAGAGGUGGAGAACUUUAUGGCGUAUGGUUUUCUUCAGUGUGCGGAUUCCUUCCUCUUUGUAUAUACAUUUUUACCGUUAAGAAUUGUAAUGGCUCUAUGGGCAGUGAUUACGAGACCCUUACAACAUUGUUUAAGAGGCAGGGAAAGAGAUGGUGCGACAAACACAAAGAUGUAUUUAAGCCCAGCCGAGGUGUGCGAUUUAUUGAAAGGGAUCGUAGUGGUAGGUUGUUGGGCAGCCACCUGGAAAGUGGACACCUCCAUGAUGUAUCAUUUGGUUAAGAGUCAAUCGGUUAUAAAGUUAUACAUAUUUUAUAACAUGCUGGAAGUAGGAGAUCGUCUUUUCAGCGCGUUUGGCCAAGACGCUAUAGACGCUCUUCUUUGGACAGCCACCGAACCGCGUUCUCGGUCCACUCGUACGCAACAUUUGGGUACAUUGCCGCAUCUUUUGUUCGCUUUCAUUUAUGUGUUAUUUCACAGCAUAUUGGUAUUAUUCCAAGCAACAACAUUAAAUGUAGCGAUCAACAGCAGCAACAAAGCUCUUCUGACAAUUAUGAUGUCCAACAAUUUUGUAGAACUGAAGGGUUCUGUGUUCAAGAAGUUUGACAAGAACAACUUAUUCCAAUUAUCUUGCGCCGGUCAGGAAAGAUUUCACCUAACUAUGCUGCUCCUUGCAGUGACUCUACAAACAAUGAAGGAAUACGCGUGGCACAGCGAUCGUUUCGCCGUGUUACUGCCAGAUUGUGUGAUGCUGUUGUUCGCAGAAGUUCUUGUUGACUGGGUGAAACACGCGUUCAUUACGCGUUUCAAUGAGUUGCCUUCGACCGUCUACAGGGAUUAUACCGUGAGUUUGGCCUAUGAUAUGACGCAGACACGUCGGGAAACAGCGUUCUCGGAUCCCUCGGAUUUGGUAGCGCGGCGAAUGGGCUUUAUACCACUUCCCCUGGGAGUCGCCAUGGCCCGUGUUCUGUGCACAACCCUCACGCCAUCCGCGAGACCCGCUAAUAUCAUACUUCUACUGCUGGCGUAUCUCAUUCUAAUGGCUCUUCGUAUAUUAAAUAGCUUAAUCAUUCUCGGCAAAGCGUGCGACAUAAUAUCGCACACGCAGACCGAGAAAAAUAACGUAAGCUCGAAAUCUCCGUCGCACAAACGUGCUAACAGCGCCGACAUGAAGAAUCCGAAUCUCGGAACGGCCAUCCUCUCGAACAGCGCCGUUAGCUUGAACAACGUCUGUUUAAACGAGGUAUUUUUAAAUACGGAAGAGACCCAUAAAGUUGAGAAAUUUCAGUGCAACAACGCCGACGAGUUCGCAGGUGCCGCGAAAACGAGCGUGUUAAGGACAGGAAGCGAACCCCUUCUUCCCCAAUGACAAAUCUUUAGCGCAAUUAAAGUACGAUGGUUCUUUUUUGUUUUUAUUUAUAUUCAUUGUACAUAUUUUCCGUUGUACAUAAUACACGUGCACAAAUGCUAAUAUGAGUGCUUUUUUGCAGUAAUAUUUAUAUAAUGUACCUAUAUAAGGAUAAUAAAUUUUUGGUUAUUGUUUA